CAUGCGUUUUUGUGUUGUUUUGAGGGGGACCACGCGAAUUCAUUACGCGAUAAAUAAAUCUGUGAAAAAAGUAUAAAAAAGAUAAGUAAAUCGCUAUUACCCAAGAGCUGUUGAGUUAAUUAGCACUUAAGAUUAAGUAUUGUCUUUUAUUCACAGUAAAUAUCAGUGAAUUUUUCAUUGCUUAUAAGAAAAACAGGUUAAUAAUGUCGGCUUUUUUAACUCGCAAACUCGUUAGUUCAGUUAUCUCGUUAUCGAAAUACUCUCAAGCUGGUUUAUUAUCUGUAAGAAAUUUAAAUUUAUUAGAAUACCAAAGUAAAGAGUUAUUAAAAGAUUGUGGUGUAUCAAUUCAAAAUUUUACCAUUAUUGAUGACAUUAAGAAGGCAGAUGCUACUCUUGAUAAAUUUCGGGUUAAAGAGUAUGUCAUUAAAGCACAGGUAUUGGCAGGUGGAAGAGGUAAAGGUUGGUUUGAUAAUGGGUUUAAAGGAGGUGUACAUUUAACAAAAGAUCCUAAAGCUGUUGUCGACAUCGUGAAAAAUAUGUUGGGUCACCGGCUUAUUACAAAACAAACCGCAAAAGAUGGAAUACUUGUACAAAAAGUUAUGAUAGCAGAGUCAGUAAAUAUCAAAAGAGAAACGUAUGUGUGUAUACUUAUGGACCGAUCACAUAAUGGACCAGUACUCAUUGCCUCACCGGCUGGCGGAAUGGAUAUUGAAGCAGUAGCGGAAAAAAAUCCAGAAGCUAUUAAAACUAUUCCUUUAGAUAUUUAUUAUGGUGUUGAUGAUGAUGUAGCCAAAGAAGUAGCUGAUUUUCUCGGGUUUAAAGAAGAGGAAGUGAAUAAAAAAGCAAUUUACGAAUUAAAAAAUUUAUGGAAAUUAUUCGUUGAUAUUGAUGCCUUACAAAUUGAAAUCAAUCCUUUUGUUGAGACUGAUGAUAAACAAGUAAUUGCUGUGGAUGCAAAAAUUUCAUUUGAUGAUAAUGCUCAAUUUCGACAAAGAGAUAUUUUCGCAUUGGAAGAUGUAAGUGAAAAAGAUCCUCGAGAGGUUGAUGCUUCUAAACAUAACUUGAAUUAUAUUAGUAUGGAUGGAAAUAUUGGAUGCUUAGUUAAUGGCGCUGGAUUAGCCAUGGCGACAAUGGAUAUAAUUAAAAUGAAUGGUGGAGAGCCGGCCAACUUUUUGGACGUCGGUGGGGGUGUAACUGAAGAACAAGUUUUCGAAGCAUUCCGUAUUGUUGCUGAAGACCCAAAGGCUAAAGCCAUUUUCGUCAACAUCUUUGGUGGAAUUGUAAACUGUGCAACCAUUGCCAAAGGAAUGGUAGCAGCAGCUAAGACAUUAGAAAUAAAAAAGCCUGUAUUGGUAAGACUACAAGGAACGAACAUGAUAGAAGCGCGAAAAAUUCUUCAAGAAUCAGGACUGCCUUUUACCAUGGAAGGAGAUUUAGAUGAAGCCGCAAGGAAAGUAGUGGCUGCAAUAAAGACUUAAAUUUUAAUAUUAACUAAUGAAAAGCUUAUUAAAUAAGACGGGAUAAAUAAGUAGCGAUAAACAAUGCUCAAAUAAUGAUCAAAUCAUAAAAGUUUUUUGAUAAAAAAUAGAAAACAUAAAUACGAAGUUAGAGUGAAAAGAAGAAUGAUAGAGUGUGAAUUUGAUGCUAUUGAGGAGCAAAAAUAUUCAGACAAUAAGAUUUAAUUAUGUUAUCAAAAGUUGUUUAAGACUUGAGUAUCUAAAUUCUAAAUACUUUAACAAUGACAGAAUAUUUUAGAAAUUUAAAACUUACAAAUCCCAUAUAUCAAUUUAAAGAUUGAUAAUGUUCAAUUUUAUAAGAUGUGUUGAUAAUUUUUUUUCUGUUUUCUUUUGUUAUUUAAAAAUAUUUCGAUAAA